AUGCGCCGACACACCUACGGCCCGCCCGCCUACCUGGCCGUCCCGACGCGGCGGCCGCCGGAGUCCUCAGCCGGGCGGCGAGAGCGGGCGCUUCGCUGCGCCGCCGGCCGAGGCCGAAGCCCCGCCAAAGAGGCGGCGACGGCGGCGGGAGGCCCCGCGGCCCUGGACCCUCCAGGGAGGCCGCAGAGGCCAGGCCUGCGCAGCAGAGGGAGCAACGGCCUCGGAACCGCAGCGGGCCCUCCCUGGCCGGCGGGCUCUACCUGCUACCGGGCCAGGCCGGACGCCCAGGGCGGCGCAGACCCCAUCGGAGCCCUGUUACGGGAGCACUGCCGAGUCACCCAGGAGGAGCCCAGUGGCUUCUCCAUCAGCUUCGUGGACACGGAGAGGAAGUACCACUUCGAGCGCUGCAGCGAGGAGCAGUGUCAGGAGUGGAUGCAGGCGGGGCAUCCGGCCAGCGACCACUCACCGCCGCCGUCUCCAACCCACGAGUUCACGCGGAGGAGCCUCUUCUUCUACAGAAACGAGAUCCAGAAAGUGACGGGCAAGGACCCCCUGGAGCAGUUCGGCAUCUCCGAGGAGGCCCGGUUCCAGCUAAGCAGCUUGAAGGCAUGAGCCCCCAGA